GGUCCGUUCGGUCGGUUCCUCUGGCCUGUGCCACGGGGGCUGGGACCGGCCCGUCGGGACACCGGGCUCGGCGCCGGGCUGGGGCCGCUGCACACACCGGCGAUGGGAGGCGCGGGGGGAGGCUGCGCUGAGUCCAUGUCGGUGACAUUUGAGGAUGUGGCCAUGUAUUUCUCCCCAGCGGAGUGGGCCCUGCUGGGCGAGGAGCAAAGGCAACUUUACAGACACAUCAUGUGGGAAAAUUACCAGAUUCUGGUCUCGUUAGCAGGAAUACAAACCCCCAAGCCAGUGGUGAUCUCCAGCAUAGAGCGAGGAGAAAAUCUGUGUGUGCCAGGUCCCACAGAAGAUGAAGAUGGGGACAUCCUGAGAGGAACCCACCCAGAUUUUCCAGAUACAGUGGAGACCUGGGACUGGUCAGCAAUCGGAAGCUCCUUGGGCUUCUUCCUCACAGGAAGAUAUUCCUCUGGAGCAGGGGCGAGGAAACUGAGCAGGGCUGAGGGGCAGACUCCUGAGGAAGAGUCUGGCAACCUGGAGUCACCCAGGCCUUUCCCAGGAACAUCAGUGGAGAGCCAUUCCCAAAAGUCUGAGCGGGGAAGGCACCACAAGAGGCAGUGCAGGCUCCAAAGGCAGAGGAAGCACCUGACUAGGAAGGAGUCAGGAAACGGAAGAGGCCAUCAGAGGAGAUCCAGGCCAAAUCUAAAGCCUCCUGCAGAGGGAAAAGCUGAGCCCAGAAAGAGCCUAUAUACCUGCCGUGUAUGCAGGGAAGAAUUCAAGGUGCAGAGAGACCUGAUAAGCCACCACUGGAUGGUUCAUAGGAGACAGGAACUGUAUCACUGUAGCGAGUGUGGGGAGAGCUUUAGAAGAAAGAAGGAGUUCAGAGCACACGGAAAAGCUCACAGAAAGAAGAGAGACCAUCCCUGUUCUGAAUGUGGGAAGAUAUUCCACCAGUUAUCGCAUCUCAUUGCCCACCAGAGAAUACAUACAGGAGAGAGACCCUACUGCUGUGCUGAAUGUGGAAAAAGAUUCUUCCAUAUAUCGGCUCUUAACAUCCACAAGAGAGUCCACUCAGGAGAGAGACCCUAUGCCUGUGCUGAGUGUGGAAAGCGAUUUAUGGAUUCAUCAACAUUUCGUAAUCAUCAGGCAAUCCACUCAGAAAAGAGACCCCAUUGCUGUAACCAAUGUGGGAAAGGCUUCAAAGUUACAUCAAGUCUUACUAGACAUCUGAAAAUCCACAGCGAAGAGAGACCCUUCUUGUGCCAUGAGUGUGGGAAAAAAUUUUGUCUACGAGAACAUCUGAUCAGACAUCAGAGGAUCCACACUGGGGAGCAGCCCCAUUGCUGUGCUGAGUGUGGGAAAAAAUUCAGUCUCCUUCAAAGUCUCAGGAGACACCGGGAAAUCCAUAGUACGGGGAGAUUCCAUUGCUGUGCUGAGUGUGGGAAAGUAUUUGGUCAUCCAAACAGUCUCACUAGACACAAGCGAGUACACACUGGCGAACUCUAUCGCUGCACUGACUGUGGAAAAGGCUUUGUCCGUCUACAACAUCUCACUCGCCACCAGAGAAUCCACACUGGAGAGAAACCCUAUUGUUGCACUGAGUGCGGGAAAAGUUUCACCCAAUUGUCUGGCCUCGCCAACCACCUGAGAAUCCAUUCAGGAGAGCGACCCUAUCCCUGCGCGCAGUGUGGGAAGCGCUUUGCUCACUCAUCAUCUCUCACUGAACAUCUGAAAAUCCAUUCAGGAGAGCGACCAUAUUCCUGCAUUCAGUGUGGGAAGCACUUUGCUCGCUCAUCAUCUCUUACUCAGCAUCAGAGAACCCACCCAGGAGAGCGACCAUAUUCCUGCACUGAGUGUGGGAAGCGCUUUGCUCGCUCAUCAUAUCUUACUAAACACCAGAGCAUCCACUCAGGAUAGAGACUCCUGACCCUUGUGUUUGAUGGAGGGAACCUCUUCAAUCUCUCACUUCACCCUGUUCCCAAAGCCUGUAAAAGAGGGAGAACUUGCUCCCACUCUGAAAUGUUCCCAUCUCUUCACUAAAUAGACACAAGUUUAGGUGCUGGGUUUGUUAAAAUUAUUUUGUGUAGUUUUGGAGAUGGAAGCAUUUAACCCUAGAGGUACCGAAACAUUCCAUUGUGAGCAUUAUAGGCUGCAGCUGGGACAGAGAUGAUUGGAGUCAGGACUGCAGUUUGGAGUCCAUGAAUCAAACAAAUCAAUCAAACAGCCACAAAACAAAUUGAUCAGCAGAACCAGGCCAGUGCCUCCCUGUUUCUCAAGUGGGGAAAUCCAUGGCCAUGCCUCUCUGUCGGAGGGCGAUGAUGAGAUGUGACUUUGUCACUGUUGUCUCAUCGUUCUUGGAGGGAAUAAAAUAAUACAAUAGAAUUAUGAGUCUGAAAUGGCUGUGUUGCCAUGUGUGUAAGUGAAGACCUGCAAUCUUCCCUGUAGUGCUGACUUUAUCCGUGACUGCCUUUCUUUUUGGAGCAGGUUAUGCCAGUUGCAUUUCAGUUCACUUGUAAUAUUCUCUAAACACUUAUUCCCACUCUAGAAAUGGGGGUGUUAGAGCUUUGAACUACUAAAAAUCUGACAGAAUACUCUGCUCGUGCUAACCUUUAUUUUGCUAAUUUACUAGUAGUUAACUUGUUCGAAUCUUUGUUCAUUGUAUAUGCGACGUCUGUCAGAUGCAAGAUGUAUGCUCUCUUAAGGUUUGCCAGAUAUGAACUGUGUGCUAGGUACAGUUAGUGCAAAUGUUUCCUUGAUCUAAUGCUACUUGUGUGCUAUGGUCUACUGCCAGCUAAACUGUUGUGUACAUAAUUAGAUAAGUAAAGGUGUGUAAGUUCUGUGGAAUUUGGAAUUUUCUGCCUCCUAAAUGAGGAGAAUACAAAUAUGAGCUAAACUGUGCUCAUAGUUUGAAACAGAGUGAAGAUGUAACUGCUGCAAGACAGGUUUCAGAGGGGCAGCCGUGUUAGUCUGUAUCAGCAAAAAACCCACGAGUCCUUGUGGCACCUUAGAGACUAACAAAUUUAUUUGGGCAUAAGCUUUCGUGGGUUGUGAUCCGCUUCAUCAGAUGCAUGGAGUGAAAGAUACAGUAGGCAGGUAUAAAUAAACAGCACAUGAAAAGAUGGGAGUUGCCUUACCAAGUAGGGGGUCAGUGCUGACGAGGCUAAUACAGUCAGGGUGGAUGUGGCCCAUUCCCAACAGUUGACAAGAAGGUAUGAAUAUCAGCAGAGGAAAAAUAUUACUUAUUGUAGUGCUAAUGAGGCCAAUUCAGUCAGGGUGCCAGCAAUGCCCCUCUGCCAUGUACAUUGUCCAAACCAGACAGUCUCUAUGCAAAAGAAUAAAUGGACAGAAAUCAUACUUUCUUGUCAACUGUUGAGAAUGGGCCACAUCCACCCUGACUGUAUUGGCCUCAUUAGCACUGACCCCCGACUUGGUAAGGCAACUCACAUCUUUUCAUGUGCUGUCUAUACCUGCCUACUGUAUCUUUCACUCCAUGUAUCUAAUAAAGUGGGUCAUAACCUACAAAAGCUUAUGCCCAAAUAAAUUUGCUAGUCUCUAAGGUGCCGCAAGGACUCCUUGUUUAUUUAUUUAUUUUUUUUGCUGCAAGACAGUUCUCUAGAUUAGCCAUUUUUCCAGUUCUUAAUUUGUUUAAGGACCAAGAAAGGUUAGUCAUGGAGCUUUCUUGAAUUGUAACUGUCCAUAUAAUUUAUGUGAAAACAUUACAUGUCGGUCUGCAACAAUUUUGUUGAAUAUUGCUUUCGGUUGAUUUUUUUUUUUCAUACAUAUGGUAUGACUACUGUUAAAUCAGACACAAAAUAGAAACUCAGCCGGGUCUGAUAUUUAGCAGAGUGUAGACCAGACGCAGAGUUUCAGCUUGGGGAGUGGCAUAUUCUUGUCUCACUUUUCAGGGCACUGUAAGUGCCAUUAAAGUAUUUUAUUACUUACAGCCAAUCACAUCCCAGUUCUAGGUUUGAAUAAUUAUUAAAUCUAUUAAUUUACUGAUA